AUGGGUUCAGGAAGAAGCACCCACUUUCUAAUAAUCUCCAUUGCUCUCGUCCUAUCUGCUUUAUCGGUAGUUGCUGUGAUAGUCUUCAUCAUCUUCGAACGGUGGAAGCAUAAAAAGAAAGUGGAAUUGGCCAAACAAAUUGAGCAAGAAGAAGAACAACAAGAGAAAAGAAAGAAGGCGGCAAGAAAAAGAAAGGUGAAAAAUGCUGUGGAGGACUACUUGAAAUCGCAGCUUGAAACGGGCGUAGUGGCCACCGUGGCCACCACACAAGGGAGUGAGCGGUGGGACGCCAUUGCUGGCCAACCAGCAAAGCUUCGUAGGGGCAUCUCUGUCACAGCCGAAAACAAGUCUGAUGUGAAUGAGGCGGUAAGGAAGAUGAGUGAAGUGAGCAAGGAACUCGAUGCAUUCGGAGGAUGA